CAACUUCUUUUAUGGUGUGUCGCCCUUGGUAAGCUAUUUUACCAGUUUUCAGCCGUCAAGAUGUUGCACGCACCGUCCGGUCAUCAUUCAGUUAUAGGACGUCCCAGCUCAGAAGGGCUGUCGUUUGACGAAUAUGUUGUGUAUAGAGGGAAACAGGUAUGUCUUGCUUUUUAGUCAAGAGCUGUGUUUUCUUUUCUCGUUGCACUUGUGGCUGUCGUUUAAGAGAAUGCUAGGAGCGUCGUGGUUUGCAAUCGUCCUGGCUGAGAUAAGAACUAGAUGGAUUUUAAGAGAAAAGGCGGACUGCAAGCGGCUACAAUCGAUUGUAUUGGGUGCGACUUUGGGAUACAUUUUUGGGCCAGAUUGACAAAAGCUAAAUUUGCAUGCAACAGAAUCUUCAUACCGUCCAACCUCUGCACCAUGAGGCUCGCUAAUUUGUGGACGUAUCAAAGUCGUCUUUCGUGAGAAAUUCGUAGUUUCCUUUAUUUUUGAGGUUUUCAGUGUUGUCCGCGGGGAACAGGCGCCCCAUUGACAUAAAGAAGCUUAAGCACAGACAUUUUGAGCGACACACGUCAACCGGAAGUGAGAUCUAUUCCCUCUUAAUAUACCUUGACGCUGCCAAAUUUGUAUGUGUUCACUCUUACAGAGACGAUCUGCCUUAAAAUUUGGGCAAAACCGCUGUCCAAGGGUGCAAAAAAAGGCACCUCGGUUGACGUGCGUCGUCCAGAAACGUGUUCGCUUAAGCUUGUUGAUAUGAGCUAUUGAGAAAAAUGCAAAUACAGGAUUUGGUUAUAAUAAUUUGAUGCAAGUGUUUUUUUUUAAUCGAUGUGCCAUUUGCUUAAUUAUCUGACACACUACCUACUUGUUUCCUUUGUUGUUGUUUACAGGCGUAUCCAGAAUACCUUAUCACGUACAAGAUUGUUAAACCCUCCAACGCUAAGGCAUCUCCAUAA